AGCUGCUGAAACCACCGCGCGCUGCCGCAGCUUCCACCUAACCACCCACCUCGGCCAUGGCGCGGAAGAAGAUCCGGGAGUUCGACUCCAAGCGCCUCCUCCGGGAGCACCUCAAGCGCCUCGCCGCCAUCGACCUCCACAUCCUCUCCGCCCAGGUUACAGAAUCGACGGAUUUCACGGAGCUUGCGAACCAGGAGCCAUGGCUCUCAUCUAUGAAGCUGGUUGUUAAACCCGACAUGCUGUUCGGUAAGCGUGGGAAGAGCGGCCUUGUGGCACUCAACCUUGAUCUUGCUCAAGUCCGCCAAUUUGUCAAGGAGCGGUUAGGAGUUGAGGUCGAGAUGGGUGGCUGUAAGGCUCCAAUUACAACAUUCAUAGUCGAGCCAUUUGUGCCGCACGAGCAAGAGUAUUAUCUCUCAAUUGUAUCAGACAGGCUUGGUUGCACCAUUAGCUUCUCAGAGUGUGGAGGUAUCGAGAUUGAGGAAAACUGGGAUAAGGUUAAGACGAUCACUCUUCCCACAGAGAAGACAAUGACACUUGAUGCAUGCGCUCCACUGAUUGCCACCCUUCCAUUGGAAGUCCGCACGAAAAUAGGAGAUUUUAUUAGAGGGUCAUUUUCAGUUUUCCAAGACUUGGAUUUCUCAUUUAUGGAGAUGAAUCCAUUCACUCUGGUAAACGGGGAACCAUACCCUCUGGACAUGAGAGGUGAACUGGAUGACACCGCUGCUUUCAAGAACUUUAAGAAGUGGGGUAACCUUGAGUUCCCUCUACCUUUCGGAAGAGUCAUGAGCCCCUCAGAAAGUUAUAUCCAUGAACUGGAUGAGAAGACGAGCGCAUCACUGAAAUUCACUGUUCUGAACCCGAAAGGACGCAUUUGGACAAUGGUUGCAGGUGGUGGUGCGAGUGUCAUAUACGCUGACACGGUUGGAGACUUGGGGUAUGCUGCAGAGCUAGGAAAUUAUGCAGAGUACAGUGGAGCUCCCAAAGAGGAAGAAGUUUUGCAGUAUGCUAGAGUGGUUUUGGAUUGUGUCACCGCUGAUCCUGAUGGCCGGAAGAGAGCUCUUCUCAUUGGAGGGGGUAUAGCAAACUUCACUGAUGUUGCUGCUACAUUUAGUGGCAUCAUUCGGGCUUUAAGAGAGAAGGAAUCCAAGUUGAAGGCAGCAAGGGUGAACAUUUAUGUUCGGAGAGGUGGUCCGAACUACCAAACUGGACUCGCCAAAAUGCGUGCCCUAGGUUCAGAGCUUGGUCUUCCGAUUGAGGUCUAUGGACCAGAGGCCACGAUGACCGGAAUCUGCAAGCAAGCCAUUGAUUACGUCAUGGCUGAAGCAUAA